AUGAUGUGGUCGCGGCUUUGGCUGUUCCUCGUCGUCUACUUGGCCUCAGUCCAGUCAGCCCCUCGGGGACCUCUAACUGAUCAUUUCCAGAAUUGGCUGAUCGCCAAUGGAUAUGAAAGUGAUUCCUUUGAUCGGCCCGAUAUUGGACCUAACGGUAGUUUUGGAGGAAGGGCCAGCCCGUCAGACAAGGUUGUUAACAAAUAUAUUUUUUGUCAUCAAAGUCCGUGUGUCUGUCUUUACGUUAUUUCUUCAGAUUGUAAAUGAACCAGUCAUAUUUAUUCACGGGACGGGAGAUGCAGCUCUUCAUACUCAAGCUCCCAUGGCCACUGGGUGGUCGAGAUCCAUACAGUACUUUUUAGAACAGAACUACAGUAGCGCCGAAUUGUAUGCUACAACAUGGGGAGACACCUGGGGCACAGGAAACGUCGUCGACAGCUACAAUACCAUGCAUACAUGCUCGUAUCUUUUAAAUCUGAGGAGAUUUAUCGAAGCUGUCAUCGCCUACACAGGAGCCAAGAAAGUGGACGUGAUUGCUCAUUCAGUUGGUGUUGUAUUUGCUAGGUAAGCUUAUCGUAAUUUUUCAUAUGUGAUUCCCGACAUAUAGUGAUGACUUUUUAGAACAUCUACAUUUUCUUUGCUUAGAUUUUAUGUGUAUUUAGAAAAGUUCUGAAAGGUGGUGAUUUAAUUGCAACUGAUGGCAACUGUCAACUGGGCCCAUCCCUGGCCAAACAUGUGGACACUUUUCUGGGGAUUUCUGGCCCCAAUUACGGGCUUUGUGUUUGCCAAUUGGCCCAGACUGUUCCUGCAUGGUGCAACGCCUUAGAUGGAUUGUAUCCGGGAUACAGUUGUGAGGACCAGGUAAUCGGGAAUACUUUUCUUAAACCUAUUUUCCAGCUAUUAUGUGGCUAUACAUCAAGUUCAUGCACCCAGAAAGAUUACUCAACCUUCCUGGAAAAGUUGAAUAACUCGCCGCAGAAAGAAGCUGACCAUGUUUAUGCGAUGUGGAGUGAUGGUAAGAGUUGUGUUAUCACUGAAGAUGUAAAAUUUAUUCAAUUAUGUGAGUCAUUUCAGUCGACGAGGUAGUUAUGCAUCACACUUGGGGAAAACCGACCAGUCGAAUACCCGGGAUGAAUGGCCGUUGGGUCUCCGACAGAAAUGGACAUGUGGCCAUGAAAGACCUCACGGAACUCCGACAGUACGAGGCGGUUGUCCAUCAUUCCAUUUAAUUUAUUUCCUCCCUCACAAAUGAAUCUCAUGUUCAAUAAAUGAUGCUACGGCUUUUGUAGUCCGCGUUAAUUAUGCUGCUCUUAACAAGGGAAGUCACUUAAGUCACGGAUUGAUUUUUAAAAACGACUGUUACAGCGACCGGGAGUGUAGGACGGAGAUAACAAAUCUGAAAACCGCUACCUCCACCGGCCUCUGGGUGCCGAGAUAAUCGACCAAAAAGGUUUGAUCAAAAAAAGUUGCUCCGAAUAGUCCUCCUUUCCGAAAGAAGGAAGGAAGAGAACCGAAUGGUCCGGUGGUCUGGAAGCGCGCUUCCGGGCCUUGACCUUCUCAGGUUCGAAUCCGCAUGGGUCAAAUAAUUUAUUCAACUUUUCCUGUAAUCCAGUAAAUUUACCGGUAAGAUAAAAUUUUUUAUUUUUUGCAUAUUUUACGAUAAAAUUUCAGCGUAAUAAUUUGAAUGCGAGUUCCAAACGAUUAGAAUUUUCCAGGUUGAAAAUUUGCCGUAGAAUAGGCGUAAAAUCUAAAAAUAUAUUGCAUGAAAAUUUACUAGAUCGCAGCAACUGUUUUAUAAAUUUUUCACAAGUUCGAGAUCCGCGCGGAUUCGAACCUGAAAAAGUGAAGGCCCGGAAGCGCGCUUCCAGACCACCGGACCAUUCGGUUCGCUGGGUUUCCUUCUUUCGGAAGGAAGAAAUGUUUGGAGGAAUUUGGUCAAACUUUUUGGUCGAUUAUCUCGGCUCCCAGAGGCCGGUGGAGGUAGCGGUUUUCAGAUUUGAUAUCCAGAUUCCACCCUCUUCAUUGCAGUAACAGUCGUUUUUAAAAAUCGAUCCGUGAUUUAAGUGACUUCCCUUGUAAGUUAAAUUUAGGGUUUGGGGGUAAAGCUGAGCAGAUUAUACGAAGAUGAGCCAAGAAAUCUUGACUGAACGACGCGGGAAAUUUUUGUUUAUCACGUUAAAUCGACCUGAAAAAAAGAAUUCCAUCAAUGAUAACGUAAGUUGAUCCGUUUAAUCCAGAAAUGAGGCAUUCAGAUGUAUCGGGAGAUUCCACAGAUUCUUCAUGACGCCAACAAUGAUGACGGCAUUAUAUUCACCGUGUUUACAGGUAGUUUUUGAAGCAUGAAAACUACACAUCUUUAGCCCGUGGUAGAUACAUAAUAAUAAAACCACUUUUCUUCAUCUCAGCCGAACACUCCCCCUUUUUAAACUUUCCCCAAUGAAAGGUGAACAAAACAUAAAUUUUGCGUGGCCAUCCAUUAUAGGCAUAUUUUUGAAAUUGUUGGAAAUGUGCUCAAAACCCCUUUACCUUUGUAAAAAAUUUGAAUAUUGCGUCUUCUUUACUUUUCUUCUUAAGUAUGUAGUAUUGUUAAAAAGUUCUUCUUAUUUGCAGGCAAUGGAGAUUACUUCAGUUCUGGAUCUGAGUUUAAGCUCGACUCUACACAUGCGGAAAAGUAAGUAGCUUUUUCCAAAACGGAACUGGGACGAUUGGGGAAAAAGACGAUUGGGGAAACCGAAAAGUAUUAUUUUUCUUCGAUACAAAUAUCGAAAUUAGGAUAGUCGAGGGUGCCGAUUUCGAAAAUGACAUUCAUUUUUUGAUUAUUACUUUUUUCCUUGAGUAGUACUGUAAAGUAGUAAUUUUUUGAAUUUUCUUCAUAAAUACUCGAUUUAGGGGUUUUCAAUGGCGCUGUUUUCGAAAACGACAUUCAUUUUUUCGAUUCUUACUUUUUUCUUAAGCAGUACUGUAAAGCAGUAAUUUUUCGAUUUUUUUCAUAAAUACUCGAUUUAGGGUUUUUCGAGGGUGCUGAUUCCGAAAAUCAUAUUCAUUUUUUCUGGGUGUUACUUUUUUUUCUUAAAGUACGCGCGUCGCCAUAACUAGGGAACACUUGGCCAUUUUUUAAAAUAAAUCGCGUCGGGACCAAAAUUAACUUGAAAUCGUACGUGUGUACGGUAGAAAAAUAAUUUUUUCGCGGCUGCAGCCGGAAAUUUUGUUGUUUGAUAUCGCGAUGGAUUUAUCUCAGUAAGUUGUUUUAUAUCUAUUUUCACUUGUUUCUAGAGCUCAGGGACCGUUGGAGAAAGUUGUUUACUAUCUGUUCUUUGUGAUUUUUUUCAAAAUCUGUCGGAUUUUCUUUCUCCUCGUGAAUAAUGCUAUCUUAUCCAUGAUUUGUUAGUAUUAUCGUCAAUUUAUUAACCUUCAGAAUGCUUAUUUUUGAUAUUAUUAUUCAACGCAUUAUAUAAGUCUCCACUGGGGCAUGUGAACUCUGCGACGGCACCGGCUUCAUCAAGAUCCAGACCACUUGAUCAUGCGUGAGAUUCUAUUGGAGCGAGAGGCGGGCCCUUCCAGGACCUUGUCAUUUUUGACACGUUCGCAGAGAUCCUAAAACCGAGUAAUCAAUGUCAAAAACAUUGAACUUACUUCAUGAUGAGGUGGUCAGGGUUGAUCUCCAAAUUUUUCUUGGAACCGAUAUAUCUAUCCCAUGUUUAACUAGCCAACAAAAGUCUGAUCCUUCAUGAUUCUCUGAAUCUUGACCUUUUUCUGCAAAAUUGUGCUUUUCCUAUUCGAAUUCAUGGAGUUCAAGACUUCCGCGGAGCAUUUACUUUACAUCGAACUCCUUCCGUUGCCGGACAUCGUACUCAUCAACGCACGUGAACCCGUAGAUGACCUCGUCUUCACGUUUCUUGCCUAAAAUUCGGACCGAAAACAUUAGUUUUCGUUUAAAAAAAAUCUAAAAUACAGCUAAAUAUGCACGAACCACAAACGAUUUAUUUAUACAAAUUAUAAAGACACUGAUCCACGAAUCCGACAAUUCGUCAACAACGCAACAAAUAAUUCUCGGCUCCAGCCGCAGAAAAAUUAUUUUUCUACCGUACACACGUACGAUUUCAAGUUAAUUUUGGUCCCGACGCGAUUUAUUUUAAAAAAUGGCCAAGUGUUCCCUAGUUAUGGCGACGCGCGUACUUUAAGUAGUGCUUAAAUAGUAAUUUUUUGAAAAUUUUCCAAAAAUACCGAAUUUAGGGGUUUUCGAAGGUGCUAGCACCUCUACUACAUAGUAUCAGAUAGUACUAUUUAGUACUAGAGGAAAAUUUAACAUGAUUUUCGAAACCAAAUGACAUUCAUUUUUAUAAUCAAAAAAUGAAUGUCAUUUUCGAAAUCAGCACCCUCGACUAUCCUAAUUUCGAUAUUUGUAUCGAAGAAAAAUAAUACUUUUCGGUUUCCCCAAUCGUCCCAGUUCCCCCGAAAGGGCAGUAACCCGGGACAGCUCGGGUUGCGACAGGUCGAGUCAGCGACACCUCGGGUCAACGAUACCGUUUAAUAUUUUCGCUUCGGGACUGGGAAAAAAGAAUUUUUUGGUGAAUUGAGGUUUAUUUUUUAAUUUUUUUAUUGUUAGGAAAAUAGUGUUUAUAAGCGACGAGCAAAUAAGAAAAUCGAAUCCAUUGUUUAUGUUUUUAACUGGAAGGACGGGAUUUAAACACAGACAGUGGCAGAGAGUGGAGUAAGAAGAUAAUACAAUCAUUUCGACUAUAAACACUAUUUUCCUAAAAAAUUUUAAACAAGUUUUGCCACACUUUGGAGCUUAGCCUAACAGGGGGCGGACAUUGUUAAAAUCGGUGUCUCAGAAUUUAGCGAAACUUGGUCAAUCUAAGCAGCACUAGACAUAGAACAUUCGCUUUCUUUGUUUUUGCCUAAAAUUACCAUAUGGCGGAUUACUGUAACUUUCUUCCUUAAAAAAAGAUGUGCCCAAAUCGAGAAAACGAAGCUCUGUUUUAGCGCAAAUCGAGUUUAGGUAUACGUUUUCGACCAUUUAGAACAUUUUUGUAAUUAUCACCAAGAACUAAAAAUUACAUCUAUAUAAGCUAUGUUACAAUUGAGGGAACAUACCAUUUCGGGUGUAAAAAGUGCAGUUUUGAGGUGACGCAGAUUUUGAAACCGGAAUAUUAAACGUCAAGACUACUCUAAUAAACCAUAACAAUUUCAGAAAAAUCAAAUGUAUAGUUUUUGAGAAAUUGGACAUUCAAUGACUCAUGUGCGAUAUCACGUUGACCCGAAAAAAACUGGCAUUCUUAGGGUUUUGGGCUGACGCAGAUUUUGAAAGUUUCCAAUACAUUUUUAUGACAUUUUAGGAGGAUACAGCAAAUUUCAGACGAAAAAAAUGUAUAGUUUUUGAGAAAUCGGCCAAAAUACCUUGUUUUAGGUCAUCAGAUGCCCGAAAAAAACUGGCAUUCUUGGGUUUUUGACCUCACGCAGAUUUUGAAAGUUUUCAAGUGUUCUUAUCACAUUUUAGGAGGAUACGGAAAGUUUCAGAGGAAAAAAAUGUAUAGUUUUUGAGUAGUCGGCCAAAAUACCUUGUUUUAGGUCAUCAGAACUCAUAAUCGUAGCCAUCGGCGUACAUUUGACAGAAGUUUUGCAGAUAGCUCGAAUUCUUUGGUGCAAUUUGGGGAAAAAACAGUAGCACACAUAUAUUUCGGAAAAACAAGGGAUGCCGAAGAAAAUUGGUCGAAUUUUCCAGCAACUUGACCUACAACAAGGUCACCUUGGUCGAUUUCUCAAAAACUAUACAUUUUUUUCGUCUGAAACUUGCUGUAUCCUCCUAAAAUGUCAUAAAAAUGUAUUGGAAAUUUUCAAAAUCUGCGUCAGCCCAAAACCCCAAGAAUGCCAGUUUUUUUCGGGUCAACGUGAUAUUGCACAUGAGUCAUUGAAUGUCCAAUUUCUCAAAAACUAUACAUUUGAUUUUUCUGAAAUUUUUAUGGUUUAUUAGAGUAGUCUUGAAGUUUAAUAUUCCGGUUUCAAAAUCUGCGUCACCUCAAAACUGCACUUUUUACACCCGAAAUGGUAUGUUCCCUCAAGUGUAACAUAGCUUAGAUGUAAUUUUUAGUUCUUGGUGAUAAUUACAAAAAUGUUCUAAAUGGUCGAAAACGUAUACCUAAACUCGAUUUGCGCUAAAACAGAGCUUCGUUUUCUCGAUUAGGGCACAUAUUUUUUAAGGAAGAAAGUUACAGUAAUCCGUCAUAUUGCAAUUUUGGGAAAAAAUAAAGAAAGCGAAUGUUCUAUGCCUAGCAGUGAUUAAAUCUACCAAGUUUCGUUAAAUUCUGAGACACCGAUUUUAACAAUGUCCGGGCCAAACUACGAUUUGUAAUAAAACGCGUUUUAAAAAUAAACCUAAUUCUCCAAAAAACCCUUUUUCCCAAGUCCCGAAGCGAAAAAAUUUCAAAAAUUUUUCAAAUUCACCAAAAAAUUCUUUUUUUCCCAGUCCCGAGGCGAAAAUAUUAAACGGUAUCGUUGACCCGACCUGACGCGACUAGACAUGGCUGGGGGGCCGGGCCGAAAAUCGCGGCCCGGCCCCCUUCAAAUUUUCUCGGCCGGGCCCGGGGGCCGAACUUCGUUUUGAGACUGAGAAUUUUAGUCAUUGGAGGCCUGGCGGGGGCCCCCGGUCGGCCCGGCCCCGGGGCCUUUCAAACUCGUUCGACCCGGCCCACUAGCCAUGUCUAGUCGCGACCCGAGUUGUCCCUGAUCCGAAGUGCCGUAGCGCCCUUAAAACAAGUGUGCACCGAUUUUGAUAAACCGGUACCCACCAAAAAUGGAAAAAUAUUUUUUUGUGCACCGAAAAUCGCAAUUGCGGGAAAAAAGUUUAUUGCUAUGGCCACAAUAAGAACGAAACGACCAUGAAACUACGGCAGUCAGUGUCUGGAAUUUUUAGACAUUGGGUUUCUUGAGAUACAAUCACAUUCUUACAUUAAUUUAGCUGUCAUUAGUGGGUGACAAAAAAUGUGAUAACUACAAAUUAUUAUAGGUUAACAGGCUCCAGGUCUCCAAUUUAUGUUGACAUGAUAAGUGAAUUAAUCGACCAUAGGAAGAUCCUAAUUGCCUUGGUAAACGGUCCUUGUGUGGGAAUUGGCAUGACCAUGCUUACAUUAUUCGACUUGGUUAUUUGUUCGGACAAAGUAUGGAGUAUUUUCUAUUGAAUGACGAGUCUUGGUUAGAUCUCGAAACCGACAAAAUCGGAAAUCGGACAAAACCGGAAAACCUGUGUGCGUAAAAGUUGGACGACCCGCAAUUAAGCAUGGCUGCAAACCGGGCCAGCCCGGCCCGGCCCGGCCCGGCCCGGGCCUGCGGGCCGGGCCUAAAUCUCCAAGCCCGGCCCGGGCCCGGGCUUGGAAAAUUUGGAAAGCCCGGCCCGGUUCGGCCCGGAAAAAUUUUGUACUAGGCUGGAAAGAAACAAAGCAGGAAAUGAAGGGAAAAUUAUGGCACAUUUCGCAAAAUGUAAAGAAUAAUUUAGCAAAACCUAUACAUAGUGCAACUGCCCCUCGACUAUUUUUAUAAAUUACUAAGUCGCCAUAAAUUGUCUUACCAUAUGGUUACAAAAAAUAGUAAAAUUUUAUGUAUAGUCACCGAAAUUUUAGUAAAAAUAUUUUAUCACAGAUCUUUUAUCGGAUUUGAAAAAACCUACAAGCGUAUUGCGUAUUUUUGAAAAAUUUUCCUUUUUCUCUUUUUGCCAGCGUAUUAACUAUGAGGUCGCACUUUAGAAUUUCCGAAAAUUUUUUCAAAUUGACUUGAAUUUUUUUUUUAUUUGGGCGAGUGGUAAAUAUGGUCACUUUACUUUCGCUAUCAGCAUUGUGUUCGAAAAAAUGAAAAAUUCUAUCGAAAAAGCUUGUUUUUUCCCUUUUUCCGGGCAAAACUCAGAUUUCAAAAAAACCGGGCCGGCCCGGGCCGGGCCGGGCCUGAAAAUCCAAGCCCGGGGUCGGGCCGAGAAAUUAGUCGGCCCGGCCCGGGCCGGAAAAUUUUGGAAAGCCCGGCCCGGAGCCAUGCCUACCCGCAAUGCGCUGAUUUCCGGAAUUUGGACACUUCCGGAAUGGCGGAAUAAUGACACUUCCGGAACCGGGGAAAAAUCAAAAAUAAGGCUCAGACCUAUCUUUUGAACCAUUUGAAUACUUUUUUUUCUUAAGUAGUAGUGUUAAAAAGUAAUUUUUUGAAAAUUUUCUAAAAUACUCGAUUUAGGGGUUUUCGAGGAUGCUAAUUUCGAAAAUCGUGUUAAUUUUUUCUGCACUUUACUAGCUCGCGACCUAGGUCGUGAACGAGGUCAAAGAGGUUGCCUAAAAUUAUCCGAAAAUGGUCUCAAUGCGUUGGUCAAGACACUUUCUUUAGGUCAGGUCGUAGCCAAGCUCACGACACAAUUUUCCGGUUUUGUACAUUUUCCGAUUUUAUUAUAGCGCCGUAUUUUAGGCUACAUUCACAACUCCGUUCACCAAACUCGGAAUAGUGGCUGAGGGAACUUCAACUUUUAGCUUCCCUUCUUUUAUGGGCCGAAUCAGAGCCAAUCGAUUGCUAUUAUUCUCUGAAAAAAUAGAUGCCAAUGAGGCAAAAGUUCUCGGGUUGGUGACUGAAGUGGUCCCUCAUGCUCAAUUCCAAUCGUUCUGCGACAAACAACUCAAGAAAGCUUCGCAGUUGGCUCCGGGAGUAUGUCACUUACUUCAUGUUCGGCUCUACUUAUAAACGUAUUAAAAGUAAUUUAAACCGUUUUAGGCCCUACUAAAAAUAAAAUCCCAAAUAAUGGAUGGAGAAUAUCGGAAGGCUCUGCGAAAUACCCAUAAAGAAGAAGCCAUUGCCUUGGAACAGAAGUACCGUACUUCGGAGAUGUUCGAGUUUAUGAUCAAUGCCAUCAAACAGCGGAAGGCAAAGCUGUGA